AUGUCUUUCCAAAAACCCGAGAAGGAUUUCGGCGAGGGCCCAAAAAUCCACAAGAUCCGCAUCACCCUGACCUCGCGCAAAGUGCAGUCUCUCGAGAAGGUGUGCUCGGAGCUCCUUGAGCGUGCGAAGUCGAAGCAACUGCGUGUCAAGGGACCCGUGCGCCUGCCCACCAAAACCCUGAAAGUCACGACCCGCAAGACACCCUGUGGUGAGGGCUCCAAGACCUGGGACAUGUACGAAAUGCGCAUCCACAAGCGACUCAUUGAUUUGAAUGCGCCAACCGAGGUCGUCAAGCAGAUCAUCAUCAACAUCGAGGCCGGUGUUGAGGUCGAGGUUACUAUCGCUGCUUAG